CUGGGCAGGAACGAGCUGCGAGCGUUUGACGACGGGCCGUCUCGUAACCAAGCGUCUGCCCUGACGAUCGUUUCAAGUGUUCUCUCGGUUCUCUUCUUUAGCUGCCGUGCACCCUGAUCCUGCAUGUUCUUCCGAAAAGAUCUGCAGUUCUUCUCGCGCGGGGUGCUGAGCCAGGUCCGCGGUCUCGAUCCUGGAGUGCAGGGUCGUCUGUCCUGCAAGACCCAAGGAACGCGCCUCGGAGCUGACCUCCCUCGCUUUACCGAAACCUACUUGGCGUUCUAUUGCGACCAGCUGCGAAAUAUGUAGCUGAGACCACGGUAUCACUGGUCUGUCCUUGUGCUGCCUCUUGACUUCCAUCGUGAGGGCCUCCAGCCGUCAAGAUGCUUGUUCGCGCCCUGAAGAUCCCACCGGCCUUCCUGUUCCUCCUCGUCUUCCUCGCAUUCUUCGGAUGGCAGCUCAGCCAGGGUCCCUCCCAUGAGGAAGGCCCUGUGAAUAUGUCACCUGUACCUGCUGAAUCAACCGUCGAGAAGAAGACGCCUCGUAUCGCAAUCAUGACAUUCGUGACCGAAGAGCGCUCGUACCAUCAUCUCGCGCUCAAAAGCAAGGAUCAUUACGCACGUCGCCACGGCUACGACUUUAUCGUUGACUAUGAAUAUCACACCGACCGCGCCGUUAUCUUUUGGAAAUAUAACAUGGCCGAGCGUCUCAUCAAGACCGGCAAAUACGACUGGAUAUGGUGGCUCGACUUCGAUACACUAAUCACCAACACAGAUAUCAAGGUCACCGAUAUCAUCGAGGAGGAACUCAAGAAUGUCACCAACCCCGAUGCGAUCGAUUACCUCACUACGCAUGAUUGCAAUGGCCUCAACUCUGGCUCCUUCCUCCUCCGCGGUCAUGAGAUGUCACUCAAGCUGAUACACGACUCCUUUGCGAUUCACGACGAGGCGAAGAAGAAGGACAAGCAAAUGAGCGAGCAAGAUGCUACAGUGCAGCUGCUCAAGGAUGAUAAAGUUAUGGCUGCGACUGUGCAUCAGGUGCCUCAGUGGAAGCUAAACGCAUUCCCACAGGAGAUUGCAUGCUUCGAUGACUCGAACCAAGUGUGGGAACACGGCACGUUUGUUAUACACUUUGCUGGAGCUUGGGCACACGUGAAGGGCGACGAUCCUACCGGCCAGCUUAUGAAGAAGUACGAGCACGAGAUUAUUUGGGGCGAUUGGAAGGAGUUCUACGACCAGUAAAAGGUUUGCUGUUUGCAGCGUCGGUGCUGAAGGCGUCUAUACCAAUCUAUUGAUGUUUGUGGACUUCGAGCUUCCACACAACCCCUGAAAAGAACCACGCUCUUAUGCUGCAGUAAUGCCCGGGCGCAG